AAGAUACCAGUAGCACUGUAUUGCCUAAGUGUCUUUGGCUUUCGCUUUGCAAGUUCCUGUUUUCAGACGCUUUCCACCAUGGUCGAGCCCUUCUUGGGAACCUGGACACUGGAAUCCAGUGAAAACUUUGAGGCAUACUUGGAACAACUGGGAAUACCCGCUGCCUUCCGGCACUUGGCCGCGUUAGAGAAGCCAAGAAUCACUAUCAGAUCCCACGGGGAGAAACUGAGCAUCAAAACUCAGAGCUCCCUCAAGACCACGGAGAUCUCCUUCAGGCUGGGGCAGCAGUUUGAUGAAACCACUGCCGACAACCGGAAAGUGAAGAGCGUCGUAACAUUAGAUGGUGACUCCCUGGUUCACGUCCAAAAAUGGCAUAAUAAAGAAACAACAAUCAAAAGGCAAAUUGUAAAUGGCAAAAUGGUAGCGAAACAUGCCAUGAAUAAUGUUGUCAGCACGCGAGUCUACACAAAGACAUGAAGAAAGUGCCUGCCUCAGUGAGAACUUGUUCACUCACAGGAAACCGGGGCUUGAAGAUAUAUGGCUUUGGGCCAGUGAUUUAACAACAACAAAAAAAAUGCUCAGCAUGAAUUUGCUCAAUAAAACCAUCAAAUUAA